AUGAAGAAAACAGUAUUGUCGGAUACGAAUGUUAUACAUGGUCUUUAUCCUUGUUUAUUUGAGUCUUCAGUAUUAACUUUAAAUGAUACAAAAAAUAAGCCAUAUAAAUUGUCUUCUAAGUCUUUAGGUGCUUUAAAGCCAGAUGAUUUUCCGGAGGAAAUACUUUUUGUUGGAAAGAGAUGUAAAGAAUUAAAAAAAGAGCUAUCCGGUAUCUAUAAAAACAAAUAUAAAUCAUCAGGAAAUGAUGAAGCAACUGAAGAAGAUAAAUGUGAACGUGAUUUAAUUAAGAAUUUUGGCUUUAUAAAUUUUAAAUCUAGUCAAAAACCAUCUUUAUCUGGUUCUCGGAAAGUAAAAGGGCUAAAAAAUAAGGUUAAGUAUACUAAAGAAGAUGACGCAGAAUUGGAUUAUAUUGAGAAUAUAACUGCUAGCGGAUAUUUAAAUUAUGAUGAACUUUUAAAAGAAUAUGAAUUAAGUUCAGUAUUUUUAGAUGAAGAAGAUGUAGUAAUUCAUGAUGACGGUAAUUUGAGUGAAAAAAAUAAAUAUGAUAUAUAUAAUCGAUUUGAAUUUGAUACAUGUUCUAUCCCAAGAUCAGACCGUCGGGUUUGGAAAAACAACAGAAUAUCAUUGUCUUAUUUGAAUAAAAGAUUUAAAAAGAAUUACGAUUUAGAAGAUGAUAAUUAUUUUUCUUUUUAUAAUAAUAAUUUAGAGAAUUUAGAAAAUUCAGGCAAAAAUGUAGGAAGAAAAAAGCAUCAAAAACCUUAUGGAAAGGUCUCUGUCUUGGAAAAUCUAAAGAAAGAUGAAAGGGAAAAUAAAAAAGAUAAAAUGGUUGGAAGAACUUUUAGAGAAUUGCUUCUACAUGUUAAUGAUAUAAUAUUAUGUUUUUUGUCUGAUUGUGAUUUGAUGGAUCUUGAUCUUGUUCCUAUGGAUUCCCAUGCUCGUAAAUGGGUUCAUAUUUUGGCUGAUGCUUAUGGCAUUGUUUCAAAAUCUUCUGGGAAAAAGGAAUUACGGCAUGUAGUUUUAUAUAAAACUACUCGAGUUCAUGAUAACUAUUCGAAACGUCAUGUUGCUAGAAUUUUACAGAUUCUUAAUUAUAAACAAUAUAAUUUUAAAGUUUCUAGAAUGAAAGGCUCUGAAUCAGAAGAUAAUUAUCGCAAAAUUUCUAAGAAUAGACAUAAAUAUAAAUACCAUGAUGGUGAUAUUGUUGGUAAAGAUGCACCUGAAAUAGAUAAAGAUAAUAAAGGAAGAAUGAUGCUAGAAAAGCUAGGGUGGAUUGCAGGCAAUGGAUUAGGAGCAGCUGAUAAUAAAGGAAUUGAAGUGCCUGUAAUGGCUGUGAUUAAAACGACUAAAUUGGGACUUAGAUAG